AUGGCCGCGCGAAAGGCCUACCACCUCCAGGCGGCUGAGGCGGCGGCGGCGAAUAAUCCGCCGAUGAAAGUGGCGCCGCGGAAGGACGUCCAGGCUCAGGCUGCUGCUGAGCUCUCGGUCAAUUGGACCGUGACGGGCAAGCGCGGGCGCCUGCCACUGGCAUCCGCAGGCGCCGCCGGGAGCGCCGCGUCGUCCUCGUCCGUGACGACGGCGCUGGACUUGGAGUCGUCCUUCUGCAGCGAGGACGAGGAGGCCGCGAUGAUUCUCGUGCAGCUGUCCGGGCAGGAGGAGCGCGGCCCCGGGGAUGAUGAAUCAGAAGAGGAGAUGCUUGUCCCCGUUGCUGAGCACCAGAUUGCGCCCGCGGCCGUUUCUGAGCACGAUAUCGUACAACAAGCCGAUCGGCUACCAGCUGAACAUGUCGCCGGGGUCCAGGACGUCGCCAUGCUCGACGCCGACGCGCCGGAACCGGAAGUCGAGCAGCCUAUGGUACCAGACGACCAUGUCUCUGGCGCCGCCGGCGCGUCGGCGUUGCUGCCUAUGAUGCCAGGCGCCCAUGUCUCUGGCGGCGCCGCGUUGCAGGUGCAGCAAGCUGACAAGUGCUCUGCGCCGCCAAUGGAGCAUACGUUCGGCAUCAUCACGGAGUCCUCCCUGGCGGCGGCGAUCGAGCAGGCUCCAGCUCCUCACGAUCCGCAGCCGUCGCGGGCGACAGAAUCCUUCCUCCGGACGCCAACGAGGCCGCGCAUACCGUCGCCGGCGUCGACCCGGAGGUUCGUGUGCCCGAGGUGCGACAAGAAAUUCCCCACCUACCAAGCGCUCGGCGGCCACAUGGCGAGCCACAACAGAGCCAACAAGUACGGCGCCGACGGGCCGCAGCACCAACAGCUGGUCGCCCAGCUCGCCGUCGCCCGCGCGGCGCAGCAGAGCCUCAGGGCGAGCAACGCAAACACCGCUGGUACUGGUACCACCAACAGCGGGCGCCGGAGCAUGACGAACCUGCCGCCGCCGCCCAAGGAGCCGAUACUGCUGGCGCCGCCCGCGGUGCACCCGUGCUCCCGGUGCGAGCUCGUCUUCCGCACCGGCCAGGCGCUCGGUGGCCACAUGCGCAGGCACUGGAUCGCGGACAAGGUGCGGGCGGACGCGGCCGAAGCCAGAGCCGCCAUGGAUGCAGCGGCCGGGGAAGCCGUCCCGGCUGCAGAAGCCGCCGUGCAAGCAGCGGCAGCGGAAGCCGUCGUGGCUGCUGCUGCCUCGGUACCGGCGGCAGCGCCCAGGGGUGAGCCCCUGGAUUUUGACCUUAACGAGAUGCCCGGUGAAGAAUGA